CUUGCUUUCUACGCUAUCGUCGCAUUAGACAGGUACCUAUUAAACUUGAGUCACUGGCCGAUGCAGCUUAGAUCCAAUCACAAUUUCAAAAAAUUAUCACGACCACCAGUCUUUUCAUUCGAGCCAUUAAAUACUAAUAUAAUGACAUGACAGGAAGUUUACUUAUUAAGAGCAACUAUCUCAAUUAUAUUAAUGUAAUCCGUCGUCUCUUGAAUAGCAUCUCAGACAAUGCUACCGCACAGUUGAUUAUAAUCGGUCAUCUAUUCCUACGAAAUCUUUGUCCUUAAUUUCCUUACUGACAAUCUCCAAUAAGCCGCCAUCUCUUUCAAUAUGACACCAGAGAGCCGCGAGGAGGUCACAUCCAAAGUCCUUGAGAGUCUAAAAGGAACACCUUACGAGGCUUCGUCACUAGAUAUACUCUCAGGGGGAACAGCUAACUUCAUAUACCGUGCAACAUUGGCACACCCACUUGCAGACGGUACGAAAGAUGUUGCCGUUAAGCACUCUGAAGACUAUAUUGCCUCUUCCCCUGACUUCAAAUUAACCCUUUCCCGUUGCCGUAUCGAAGAAGAAUGUCUCAAGGCACUAUCAGCCUUCUCUGUCGUCGGGAAGGCAGACGAAGACAAGUCAUACAAUUUUAUCGUCAGAACGCCCAAGUUCUAUCAUUUUGACGAGGGAAAUAAUACCCAAAUUCAGGAACUUCUAGGGGACGGCAUCGAUUUGAAAAUGCAUACCUUGGAGAUUCUGGAUGGAUCUGACCCAGAGGAGAUGGAAAAUCGAAGUCUUCAGCUUGGAAAGGCAUUGGGAAGAUGGCUCAAAGGAUUUCAUUCCUGGGCUGCCCAACAACAUGAGCUGCGAGUGACAGUUGCUGCAAACAAGGAACUGCAGGGAUUGAAGCACAUGAUCAACUUCUCGUGGCUUCUGGACCGAGCCAAACAAUUUACAAGCGUCCUUGGGGGUGCUGAAGAUGUCUUCAAAGAGGUUGGGAAGAUGGCUGCUGCGGAGCUAGAGGAUGACAGCCAGCUCCAGGUCAUCCAUGGAGACUUUUGGACGGGAAAUAUUCUUCUCCCCAAAGCCCCCAUCCAAAAGGGAGUAGACGUACCAAUAUUUGUAAUCGACUGGGAGAUGUCACAAAUAGGCAAACCUAGCCUCGACGUGGGUCAGAUGAUCGCAGAACUGUAUGAGCUAAAAAUAUACAAGGGUAAGGCUGCCGGUCUAUUUAUGACCCAGGGGUUUAUAGAGGGCUACGGGCCGGUAAGCGAAGACUUCGCGUUCCGUACGGCGAUUCAAGUCGGCGCUCAUCUGAUUUCGUUUGGAAUGUCCGUCCAGGGUUGGGGAUCAGUGGAGCAGGUAGAAGAAUGCGGACGCUUUGGAAGAGAUAUCAUAACUCAUGCGUGGGAAAAGGAUCGCCGGUGGUUCGAAGAGAGUGACCUCGCCUGUCUGUUUAGUACGACAGAAUGAACAGGUACGUACUACAUUUUCUAACGAGUAGAGCGAAACUAAGAAGGCAUAUAUUCAAAUCCUGACAAAUAUAAGAUUAAUUUCCCCCAAGAUUAUGCGCUACGUCUGAAGCAGCGACUUUGCGGUUAUCAGGGGCAAAAGCAUAGCAUGUAGAAACACGGACCCACGUGACUCGCGCAAAA